AUGACGAUGAUGCUGGUGACUAUUCACAAACUUGCGCGCCGCUGGAAAUCUCGAUCUAACCAAGGUGUAGGUGCUGGCGAUGACCACGAGAAAGAUCAGGACCAGGAGCAGGAUCAUGCCGAUGAAAAGGCUAUCAAUGAAGAGUACAAAACCUGGAAGAAGAAUGCGCCAUUCCUCUAUGAUAUGAUCCUGAGUACGGCAUUAGAAUGGCCAACUCUUACUACUCAGUGGCUUCCAGAUAAGCAAGAAGUCCCCGAUAAGAACUACUCAACCCACCGUCUUCUCAUUGGCACACAUACCACCGGCGACGCGCAAAACUAUCUCCAGAUUGCCCAGGUGCAACUUCCGAAUCCUAAUACCCCAAAUCCGGAAGACUACGACGAAGAUAGGGGAGAGAUUGGUGGGUAUGGCGCGGGCUCAAAGAAGGCCCAGGUGGAAAUCAAGUUCAACAUUGUUCAGAAGAUUGAUCACAAGGGCGAAGUUAACAAAGCCCGGUAUCAGCCACAGAAUCCUAAUAUCAUUGCCACCAUGUGCACAGAUGGUCGAGUGAUGAUCUGGGAUCGCUCAAAGCAUCCUAGCUUGCCGACUGGCACAGUGAACCCUCAGAUGGAACUCCUGGGCCAUGAAGCCGAAGGCUUCGGGCUUAGCUGGAACCCCCACGUUGCUGGCCACCUUGCAACGGGAAGUGAGGAUAAGACUGUCCGACUCUGGGACAUCACUACAUACACCAAGGGCAACAAGGCAGUCCGACCGAGUCGCACUUUCACUCACCAUACCUCGAUCGUCAAUGAUGUUCAGCAUCAUCCCCUGCACUCCUCUCUCAUUGGAACUGUCUCCGAUGAUAUCACGCUCCAAAUCCUUGAUACCCGCCAGGAGGAUUCCACUCGUGCGGCUGCUUCGGCCGAGGGCCAGCACCGCGAUGCCAUCAACUCUAUUUCCUUCAAUCCCGCCUCAGAGACGAUUCUUGCCACCGGUUCCGCCGAUAAGACUAUCGGUAUCUGGGAUCUACGUAAUCUCAAGUCGAAGCUCCACUCAUUGGAGGGCCACACCGAUUCGGUGCAAUCCAUCGCAUGGCAUCCGUUCGAGGAGUCGGUUCUGGCAAGUUCCAGCUACGACCGCAAGAUCAUGUUCUGGGACCUCAGCCGAGCGGGCGAGGAGCAAACCCCCGAGGAUGCUCAAGAUGGACCACCAGAACUGCUGUUCAUGCACGGUGGGCACACUAACCGUAUCUCGGACUUCAGCUGGAACCUUAGCGACCCCUGGGUCCUCUGCUCGGCUGCUGAGGACAACCUGCUGCAGGUAUGGAAGGUGGCAGAUGCAAUCGUGGGCAAGGAUCUGGAAGAUGUUCCCACAGAUGACAUCGAGGCAUAA